AUGUUUCUGACAAAACAGGAUUUUGUUCAAGGACAUGAUGACAGCAACGUAGACGUAACAACUGAUGCUACAACGUAUAGGACGGAAGAAGCCACUUAUAUUUUUGACCAAGACAAUGAUUCAUCAACUGUUUCUGGCAGUACUUCUUCCGUUGAAAAAGAAACGACCGAUUUUCAAACAACUGAUAAGGCGGAAGAAAUCACUGAUAAUUCUGAGCAGGUCAAUGAAUCAUCAACUGUUCCUGACGGUACUCCUUCCGUUGAAAAAGGAACCACCGAUAGCAUAACAACUGAUAUGACGGAAGUAGUCACUGAUACUUUUGAGCAAUUCAGUACACCAUCUACUCUGAAAGCCGAAUCCACAGAGCCUUCACAAAUCGUUCACAAAACGACUGACGCCGAAAAGACAACAACUAUUUUCGAGACUGAAUAUUCUUCAACUCAAAAGAUUCUGUCAACAGUCCCAAAAUAUUGCGAUGGCAUCACAUGUCUCAAUGGCGGAACUUGCAAUGAAAUGGAAGAAAACUUUUCUUGCGACUGCAUUGACCCUUUUACUGGAGAAUAUUGUCAAGAUCAUCCGUGCGAUGGAUUUUGUCAAAAUCAUGGAGUUUGCGCUCUUGAAUCUGAAAUCCCGACAUGCUCUUGCCGGGACCCAUAUAAAAGGCUCUAA